UCAAACUUUGCGAGGUCGAUUGUGAACCCCGGUCGUUUACCACGCGUGAAGGCUACACGAAGAUGGAAAGAGCGACAUUUUUUUCAGCAGUGGUAAUUUACCUCAUUUCCACAACAUAUUGUAUGUCUGUAAGGCGAUGCACCGCCCCAGAAUGCCAACAGAUUACAGUGGAUGCUAAAGAAGUUAGAGAUGUCUAUGUUACGGAUUGUAACAUUAACAGAGUGACCGUCAUCGGCGAUGCGGCGCGGGUGUUCAUUUACCCUUUAAAGUCCUCGAAUGACCAGGGUGACUUAUGUGAACCAUUUCAAGUGAUACAUCUGAGCCUGUCAACAACUCAGCAUGAUGUGCCUACCCAUCCAACAACUCAGCAUGAUGUGCCUACCCAUCCAGCAACUCAGUAUGAUGUGACUACCCAUCCAACAACUCAGUAUCAUAUGACUACCGAUCCAACAACUCAGCAUGAUGUGCCUAUCCAUCCAACAACUCAGUUUGAUAUGAUUACCCAUCCAACAACUCAGUAUGAUAUGACUACCCAUCCAACAACUCAGCAUGAUGUGACUACCCAUCCAACAACUCGGCAUGAUAUGACUACCCAUCCAACAACUCAGCAUGAUGUGCCUACCCAUCCAACAACUCGGCAUGAUGUGACUUCCCAUCAAACAACUAAGCAUGAUGUGACUACCAGUCCCUCAAGGUCAAAAAUGAAACACACAGCUCUCUAUUCACUGGAAGAGGCAGCCAAAGAAGAAGACGCAUAUUCCUUCUGGAACCCCGAAAUGAAAGGCGCCAUGCCCUGCCAGACACUGUUCAAAGGUGGCCGACCAGUGCAGAAUUGUCAAGGUCACGGCCUAUGGGUUAGCUCUGACAUCAUUCCUUUUAAUCUGCGCCAUGAUUUGUGGCUUCAACUUUCGCUUUUUACAGAUGGAUUGGACAUGUCGCCCAUCCGUGAAACGAGUCACAACUCCAAAGAAACCCAGACCAGUCGUCGAUUCAUUUCUGCCGACAUCGAGGCAUCGCAAAAAGACGAGAUCGUCCAGUGUGAAUGGGGAAACGCACCUUUACGUCGCGUAGACUGUUCCAAGUGUCGAUCAGAACGAAACCUGUGUCCCUCUUGUCGGAGAUGUCGCAGGUUAAGGGUCCGCAGGGGGGAGUCUCGGUCACCCCCGAAGAUCCCGAUGACGGUGAGGAAGCGGUCUCCCUCCCCAUCAGCAACCCCUGCUCCGCUGCGGCCAGCAGUACCACCAUUCCAUCGAAUCGAGCGAGCCGGCGUCCAGUGGAAUGGAUUCGUCAAGAACGGUGACGACCAUGGAGGCGACUUCGACUCUGCCACCGAGACGUCUCCUCCCCAUACCAGGAGCCU